ACCAAGAAACGGAUAAAUUUUAAACCAAACGACAGAUGGAUAAGCCAUGUAAAUCCUUGUCAUUCCUUCUUAACCAGGAAAUCGUCACUAAGGGUCGCAUGGCGUUUCAUUUUACGUCAUUCGCACAUUUUUUGGAAACAAAAUGCGACUGUAUACAACCAUUUUUACAGAGCAGAAUCCAGACGGUGACAAUACCGGCAUAUUUCCUGAGCAUUGACGCACGUCUGUGUUAAAAUUUGUAAGUUUUUGGCCGAAACACACGGAAACCAGGCGAUCGCGUAAAGACCGUCUCUAUUACAUGUAUCCCGAAAAGCAUUUCAUCGAAGUCCGAAGGAGUAUUUGCAAAGCUGAGAUUAACUGAAGUACCUCUCGUUUCCGCCAUCGUCUGAGCUGCUAUAACCUCCAAUAUUGUAAGGAUCUUCUUCAUCCAACAUAAUUUUCUUGGGAAAAUUCAUGAUUUUCUUCGCCUGAGCGGAGGUUACUCGCCACAUUUAAUAUCUCGUCUUCGAUCUCGACACAGUGGAGACUGGGGCGAACACAUACUUGAUCUAUAUCAGUUUUCUCGUACUACUUAUCAAUAGAAAUCUUCAUUUACAGGUACUGAGAAUCUAUUAUUGAUCGGUCCUGUUAAAUAAACGACCUCGAAGUAAUUGUUGGGAGGGUGCGAAAAUGGCGUCGAUUUCUGCGAAGACCACGUGCAUUGGCUGGGAAGAUUUCCUUGCUCUUCAUCGACCACAACUACUCUCAAUCGGUUUACCGGAACACUUAUGGGAAAGACUUUACAAAAAGCUAGCGCCUAUUCCAAGUUGCGACGCCACAGAGGCAUUUGAGCUGCACAAAGACGAACAAUUUGUCUCUUUGGGUCGUUGGUCUCUACACGCCAGACGGGCUUUGCAAAAACUCGGCGACGUGUUUCUCAUCGAGCAUGCUUGGUCCAGCGAUGGCAGUGCGGCUGCGAAGAAAUCUUUGGAAAAAUCUCCGGAACUUUUGACAAGAGUGAAGGAAAUGCUUGGGCACAAAGAAAACAACCCUGACGACGAGGCGGCCGGGGAAGCUCUAUUAGACAGCUCUCUGGUUCUGUCGCAAAUCGGUGGAAUUAACGAAGAAAAAGCUAAAGAAGCGCUUGAGGCUACCGACGGUGAUCUAAUUGAAGCUUUGUGUCAAAUCACGGACGAUUCUUAUGAAACUAAAAAAUCGUCGAAAUCUAACAGGUCAAAAAUUAUGACCUUCGAGGAAUUCAAAACUGGCUUUCUUCACGGCGUUGGAAUGGAGAAAGCAAAAUUACUUUCGGAGGAAUACAUUGAAAAGAUGUAUUCCCGGUACAAAAGGGAGAAAGAGGAGUACCCUGAGUCGAUGGGCUUUGGUUAUGGCACGACCUCUUCGUACAGUUGGUCGGAGGAAGAAGAGGGCGCUAUGACCGUGCUAGUGUCUAUUCCAGUAACGGUAAAAAAGCGGGAUGUUGUGAGCAAAUUGACUACGAAGCGGUGGACUCUUGGCCUGAAAGGAUCUGCCCCUAUCAUCGAUGGCGAGUUUUAUGGCAAUGUCUGCCCGGAUGAGUCUUUUUGGACAUUUGAUUCACCUGGAGUUUUGGUCAUGACGCUUCAAAAACCAGAGAACGAAGAAUCGGAGUUGUGGCCAGUUUUGAUCAAAGGAGAAAAACAUUUAACAGAAAAAGAGAUUUCUGAUCAAGCAAGAGAGAAGGAUCAAAGAAGUGACUUUGAACUAAGCAGUGUCUUAAACAAUAUGUGGUAUUACAACCAGACCUAUCAGGUAGUGACGCCAGAGGGUGAUAAACGCAAACCUGUUUGGUACAUCAUGGAUAAAUUUGGAUCUGCUAUUGUUCAUAAUACUCAACCUAAUGUUAAAUGUUCACCUUUUGCUUUUUCUGCAACUGGAGUCUUCUACUCCCUUCUUUGGCCUAUUAGGGAUUUAGACAAAGGAGAAAUGUGUACUAGGAAUUUUUGUCCUGCCCUGAGUGGAACAGAAACAAAUCUGCAAAGAGAAGGACGACUUUUGGCUUUCAGUCCUUCCUUGCCUGAGAGUGUUCCAACAGCGUUUGUGGUUGAACUUUCAAAGUUUCCACUAGCAGCCAAAGAAAACAAUAUUGUGAUCAAUGUAAGCUCUUUAGAAACACCUGCAGCAAGUCAGAACUGUCUUCAAUUGAAGGGCAAAAAACUGAAUCUGAAAUUCUUUAUGGAGACAAAUGGAAAGGAGAAGAGGCCAGUUCUGAGAGAUUUAGGCUGUACCCUUGUAGAAUCUAUGUCAGAAGCUGAAGCGGUUUGGCUUGAGAAAUGGAAUACUUUGGGCAAGAAGGUUGGCUCUGAGGCAAGAGUUAACCGACUUGCUGGAGAAGAACACCUACUUCAUCGCCAACUGCUUUCUAAGCAAGUUCAACAGGUUUGGGGCAAUGUACCUUGGUUCCCAGUUUCUUAUGACCUGUCACAGCAGUUGCCAGCUUUGUGUGCUGAUCACUACACCCAUGGCAUAGCCAGUUACUGGAUUUUAAGAGCAGCAGAUCCAAGCACUCUCAGUAUACCACCCAUUGUGACCAGUGAUCUACGCAGAGUCAUCAGGUGUACAGAGAUGGGACAGUUGGUAGCUUCUCCAUAUUGCUUUGAGACAGUUUUUUACAAGAAGAGGCGUUUCUGUCUCCAGUAUUCAGUCACAGUGAAAUCAUUGAAACCUCUGCAACUCUUGAUACACAACACACCUCAUGUUGAGGUGGCUGAGAAAGAGCAUAACCCAAAUGUUUUUUUUGAUGAGUUUGAAUCUUCAGAUCUUGUAUGUAGUAGCACUGAGCCAAAGAAGAAUGGGACAUUAAACCUCAAAGUGACUCAUGAGGAGUUCUUAAAACACUUAGGCUCUAAUUACUUGACAAAGAAGCAGAUCACUUGGGAUGCAAUCCAGUCCGUGAUUCACGAGAGCAUUGCAAAGCUGUUUUAUGCUGUGGCACCAAGUCUUUCAGCCUUUCAAGGACGCAGUGGAAGAGAACUCUGUGCUGUGUACGGUGUAGAUGUACUACUGAAAGACACUUUUGAGCCUCUGAUCAUUGGCAUUGAUCCUACGCCAAAGUUUGAUAGCCAAAAAUGUUUUGCUGAUGUACUGUUCACGGCAUAUGGACAGAAUGGGGAGUGUUCAGAGAGUUCAAACAUCAGCCAGAUUUCAGUGAGAGAAGGCUGAAGUUUUUUUCCAGAGAUGCAGUUUUUCAAAGUUUUUAAGGUAUUGACACAUGUAAUUAUGAUCUUGAUUAGUGUGUACGUGUAAGUAAAUAACAGCAGUAAAUGAUCAUGUACAUAGUAUCUUAGAUGUUGUACACAGGCAAGGAUUUUUUUGUUUUACAUUUAGGAAAAGUAUUUUGCUGUAGUAUAGACUUCUCAUGAAUGAUGUAAUUUAGAUAUGAUCUGUCUUAAGAGACUUAGAUAAGUAAUGCCAUGAUUACACAGUGAUGAAGCUGAAGGAAACAACCUGAUUUGAUUGUGUGAUUUUUUGGUGAAAAAAAUUAUAAGAAAGAUGUUCAUCUAGACAAUUCCUUACAAUGUUGGUAGAUAACUUUUGCAUGAGUAACCCUUUAUCUUUAUAAAAGUGAAACUUGCCAUUGAUAAGUCAUCACAGAAGUAUGAAAAUUUCUUAUCCACUGCACUGAUUUUUCAGUUGUAAAAUAGUUUGUAGUUUUCUGGUUUAAUUUUAGAACAGUUUGCGUCAAUGUUAUCAUCUGAUGGAGAGCUACUACAUAGGAGAUAAAUUGCUGAGAUCAUUCUUGUACAAGUUGCAGGUAUGAAUGAUGCACUAUACCAUUCCUAGACUGCUGUUUGAACUUUUCUCUGGAAAUUCCAUCUUGGAAAUCUCUAACAUCCCAAUGUGGAUCAAAAUCUGCAGAUAACCUCAGUUCUUUUUAAGUUAGGUACUAUACAAAAUAUGAAACUCACAUCGGAACAGAUUCACCAGCUGAUUCAUGUAUAUGGACAUUCAAGUCAUCAAAAAGCUUGAUACAGCAUUUUAACUGCAUUUUAUCCAUGAAGCUCUCACACCAAAUACCAUACUUACCAGUUACUACUUUUAACCCUCUACACCCUAACAUCAGUAUCCAUAUUUUCUUUACUCUUCCCUGUACAAGUCUUUUGCUACUGACAUGUCUGUUAUUUUCAUUAUCUUCACCCUUUAACCUGUUAACUCCCAUGAGUGAUCAAGAAUCGUGUCCCAUGAGACAGAAUUCUCCUAACAACAUUAAUACAAUAUCAAAUAGACAAGUGAUGAGAAUAAAGAAAAAUAUCAAUGAGGGGAUUACUAGUUGAUCCAAUACCAAAUUCUCCAAACUAACAGACAGUAAGGAUAAUUACUGAUGAGAUCUUGGGAGUUAAAGGGUUACCUCCUAUAAGUGACCAAGACAAAAUUUCUCCUUUCAAUACCAAUACAAUAUCGACCAGAUAAGUGACAAGAAGAAGGAAAAAUAUCAAUUUGGGGAUAACUAGUUGAUCUAUUACUUAAUUAUCUGAACUAACAUUAAAAGAAUUCUAUGGUUGACAGUAAGGAGAACUACAAGUUUGAUCUGGGCAUCUAAGGGUUAGUGAAUGACUUAGCAGUAUUACUGUGAGGAGAAAUUACAUGCUGGUCCUUCGUAAGGUUUAAAGGGUUAACACCCUUGAUUUGUAAGCUUAAGUUAUUCCAGAAAAAAAGAGAUCAAGCGUAUUUGUGGGCCCUUCCCUUGGUAAUUGUUGGAAAGUUUAACCUUUUCACUCCCAAGAUGUCAUGAAUAAGUCUCCUUAUUGUCUGUCAUAGAGUUUGCAUGAUGUUAACUUGGAGAAUUUGGUAUUGGAUUAACUGAUAAUCCCCAAAUUUAUGUUUUUAUUUAUUCUCACCACUUGUCUGCUUGAUAUCGUGUUGAUACUGUUAGGAGAAAUUCUAUUUUGGUCACUCAUGGCAAUUAAAGGGUUAAAGACAGUCCAGUUCUUUUUCUUCAUAUACAUUUGAAUUGAAAUUUUUAAAUACUAGGUUGUUUUCAAUUGUUACAUAUUCUCUUACUUGUAAAAUAUUUUUUGCCUUAAAAAGAUUAAUGCCCAUUCAUAAUUCAUUCAUGUUGUAGGAUAUAUUUACAUUGUGUGAUUACUCAUAAUUGCACACCAAUUAAAAUGGUUGGUGCCAUGUAUAGGGUAAUCGUCUAAUUUAUGAUUCAAUAUAUUUGGUAUAUUUACUAUGCAUUUUUCACCCACACUUCAGCAUCAAGGCGUACAUACAGUAAUUUUAUAAUAUAUGUUUGAAAGAAGAACUUUAUUUUAUGUUGAGUGCAUAUUUACAAAGGUGUGAUACAAAUUGAUGAGAUUGUUAGGCUGUUAUUGCAAUUGAAAAAUUUAGUCCAAUAGUAAUCUGAUUUGUUAGAAAGUUUGGUGUAAAAUGUGAUGAGCUUUGUUAUGUUGAGCCGGUGACCAUCUCAAUUUUUUUUACGAUUUCAAAGACCUCUUGAUUAAAAGUGUGCUUGGAUUUACAGUAAUUGUGUGGCGUUAUUGCAAGAGUUAAUUUUGUGCGCAAUGAAAACAGAGUAGUAACAAAAUUGGAGGUUAAUGUCCAUAAGAGCAUGGUUGUUAUUGAUAAUUUUGGCCACUGAUGAUUUGAGUUCUUUUGCUGUCUUUUCAUUUCUUUUUGUUGUGGCAAAUUAGGAAGUUUUCUUGCCUCAUUACAUCAUUACAAGCAGUGUUUCUCAGAUGGGAUUAUUUCAGAAUGCUAACAACUGACAAGUGUAUCCCUUACAGAAAUUGAGUGGAAUGUAACACAAAGCAUGAGGUAUAUUUGGGAAGGGGGUUGUGGGGGGCAGGAUGUCAGAAGAGCAAGUAAAACAAACAAAAAAACGUGUUAGCUUGUUUCUUGUGUUCUUUGGCACCCCUGUUUUCAAAUUGAACACCUGCAAAAGAAAGAAUUUCUGUAAAAGAUAAAAGGCUGCUUGUAGAUUUGGCAUUUGCCAUCCAAGAGGUAAACCCUCCCCAGUUUGAUUGGAAAAGUGUUGCUUGGACUUUGCAGUUAAUGUAUAUUAAUGUCUUAGAUUCUUUCUGCCCAGAUGAACCUAAGUUAGCCUUAAAAGUAAUAUUUAAGUGAAUUACUCUUUGUUACUCAGAGUGCAUUUGUAAGAACUGUAAUUUUUAAGUUCUGUUUGUGAGGGAAAAUUGAUUAAGUUGUAAUCAUUUUCCCAAGGAGAUGCAACUGUUAUUGCCUCUCCACAAUGUGAGGUAGCAAUUCAUUUUUGUUUUGGUAGUAGGCUUAAAAUUAAAUGUUUAGAACUAAGGUGAAGGUGUGGUUUAAUAGUAGCACCCACAAUUAAUCUAAUUUGUAAUUUGUGGGGUGUUAAAAUGUGUUGAAUUGUUGAAUUGGCCUUCAUUGGAGCUGCUACUUAAAAGUUCAUUUUAAUUUGAAAUAAUACAUUUUUAGCAGAGUCUUCAGCAGAUGUUGGAGGGAUGUUUUUUGGACUUUUUUGAGAAUCUAAGCAUUUUGUGACAAGGGCUUUCAUGUCCUAUAUUCCUGUGUCAUGUAAGACACAGGAAGGAAUCUAUUAUCUGAAAUCGCCUUGAAAGUAUUGGUGUGCAUACCAAGUAUCAUUAUGAAAAGAACCAUAUUUAUAAGUGUCAAAAUCAUCUUUGCUGUCCCUGGUUAUUUUCAUAGAUGACCAUUUGGCAGGAACAGUUUAAAAAUGUACUGCAGAUUUCACGAUAAAUAGUGAUACAUGAAUGAUAGGAAAGCUUUUUAAUGUAUUGGUAGCAGUUCCAUGAAGGGUAUGAGUAUUAAAACCGGUCAGAUAUCUCCCCUUUAUUUAAAUUUGAAUCUGUUAGCCAUCGCCAUAAUUUAAUUUAGGACAACUUUUGAAGAAGCCAGUACACAAAUUUUGUCUUAGGGCCAGGUUGCACUUGAGUGAAUUCAAAUAUUUUCCAAUUUUUCACAAACCAAAAAUUGGCACAAUUUUCACUCUUUCCAAAGUUUGGCAGCAAUCGUGUCGAACUAAUAUCCUUUGACAAAAACUUUACUGAUUGAUUCAUAUGUCCAUCACAAAGUCAUCUCUUUCUAGAAAGAGAUUCAAACAUGGGGUCACCCUUUUCACUUAGCAAACAAAGAAAGCUCUAGUGCCACCUGGGCCUUAUUUCACACUUUUUAAUAAGGCAUUAUUUUAAAUAGCAAAACUCAAGAGAACUGAGCUUUUAUUUGAUAUGUGUUCAUUUGCUUUUGUCUUUCUCAGUGAUAUUGAAUUUCAAAAUUUAGUAUGGUCAAUGGUGAUGCAACAGAUUGAAUAUUUAAAUAAUCUGGUCAAUAACUGACUUACAUGGGUGUGUUAGACCUAGUUGUACUGUAUCAGCUAAUUGUUACAAAUAAUUAAAUGUAAUAUAUUAUAUAACCAGUUGAUUGUUCUGCUAAACUUAGCAGUGUUCGGUGUGGUAAUUGCUACCUUCACGUCCUUACCACUUGUACUACUCUGACGGUUGGCAUGUGAAUAAAAAUACUGAUGUAUUUGUCAAUGUCACAUUUGACUGAGUGUUUAUAUGUAGAGAAUAUUACUCGGACAUGGGUGGAAUACAAAUUUUAUAUUUAAGUUUUGAUGAUGUUGCUCACUAGUGGGAUAAGCAAACAAAUGGCAGAUAUUAUUGACACUUGAAAAUAAAGUCUUAUCCAUUAACCCUUUAACUCCAAAGAUCUGAUUCUUAAUUCUCCCUUUAGCUGCAACACUUUUCCCAGUUACUUAAUUAUGAGAAUUUGGUGUUAAAUCUAGAUAACAUCUUCUACCUGAUAAGUGCGAGUAUUCUUAUUACCAGUUUGCUGGAUAAUGUAUGGAAAUUUUUUAGGGAGAAUUUAUAUGGUAAUCAUGGCAUGAUAGGCUACAUAUUAACCCAAGUCAUGGUAGUUCAACAUGUGAACAAAGUCCUUGAAG